GUCUCAGGUUGUGUCCCUGGCAGCAGCCGAGCGUCACGAUGGGGAAACAGAGUGCGGAGGCAGCUGCUGGUGGAGCAUCGAGCCGAGUGGACAAGAUGUCAGAGAGUCCGGAGAAGAGUGUGUGUGUGUCGGCUCAGGAGCUGAAGGAGCAGGGGAACCGACUGUUCCUGAGCCGCAAGUACCCGGAGGCUGCCGCCUGCUACAGCAACGCUAUAACCCAGAGUCCCUCGGUCCCAGCGUUCUACACCAACAGAGCUCUGUGCUACGUGAAGCUGCAGCAGUACGACAGAGCUCUGAGCGACUGCAGGAACGCUCUGGAGCUGGACGGGCACUCGGUCAAAGCUCAUUUCUUCAUGGGCCAGUGUCACCUGGAGAUGGAGAGCUAUGACGAGGCCAUCGGCAACCUGCAGAAAGCUUAUAAUCUGGCAAAAGAGCAGCGCCUGAACUUCGGUGACGACAUCCCCAGCGCUCUGCGGUUAGCUAAGAAGAAACGCUGGAGCAGCCUGGAGGAGAGGAGGAUCCACCAGGAGAGCGAGCUGCACGCCUACCUCACCAGACUCAUCCUCGCUGAGAAACACAGAGAACUGGAAGGCUGCCGGCGGACGCAAGAGGACAAGACCGAGGACGGGCGAAGUCAACACGGCCUCAACGAGAUCCACACGAAACACGACCGAUAUCUCUCAGACCUGGAGGAGCUCUACUGUCAAGUAGACGAGAAGAGGAAGAAGCGGGAGAUCCCAGACUUCCUGUGUGGAAAGAUCAGCUUUGAGCUGAUGAGAGAGCCGUGCAUCACUCCCAGCGGCGUCACGUAUGACCGGAAAGACAUCGAGGAGCAUCUGCAGCGAGUCGGACACUUUGACCCGGUGACACGAAAUCCACUGACCCAAGAUCAGCUGAUCCCCAACCUGGCCAUGAAGGAUGUAAUUGAUGCUUUUAUUUUGGAGAAUGGAUGGGUGGAGGACUACUGAACAACAAAGAGGAAGUGAGGUUUAUUUUGACAGUUUAGGAACAGAAAGAAGUGUUUGGUUGUUGAGCAGCUGCACAAACUGUCAUUCACACUUAAUCUCACUGGUCUGU